AUCUCGGCCCUACUACUUCCAUCUCUCCCUCUCCCUCUUCCUAGAAGCAAGUCAACUCUCUCCCUCUCCUCCGCAAGCCAAGAGCUCGAGAGCCCGGCUAAUAAUAUGGAGGGCGAUCUGGGGUGGUGCUGCAGCAGCGAAGGCAACAACUGGGACCUGCACGCCGUCGUGCGCUCCGCCUGCAGCGGCGGCGGCCGGGGCGGUCUCGCCCCGCCGUCGGCCUCAAACGACUCCUCCUGGCUCCUCCAAAUGCCGGCGAGUAAGCCGCGAACAUCCGGCCGUGCCGGCGGUGCCGAGCGCUCUCGGUCCAAGAGAAAGAGCAAGAAGAGCCAGGUGAGCAAGGAGGUGACGCGGGUGCCGGUGGGCGGGCCGCCAGCAGACCUUUGGGCGUGGCGCAAGUACGGGCAGAAGCCGAUCAAGGGGUCGCCGUACCCGCGUGGGUACUACCGGUGCAGCACCGACAAGGACUGCAAGGCGCGGAAGCAGGUGGAGCGCUGCCCCGCCGACCCGGCCACCUUGAUCGUCACCUACACCGGCGGCGACCACAGCCACGCCGUCCCUCUCCAUCGCAACUCCCUCGCCGGCACAACGCGCAACAAGGCGCAGGCGCAGGCGCAGCCGCCGUCCCCGUUCCCGGCCGACGAGGCUCCGAAGUCGGAGGCUGCGCCGUCCGCGUCGGGCACAGAUACCAAGUCGCAGGGCUCGCCCUCUGUUUCCGCCGGGCGGUCGCCCAGCACCCCGCGGCGCUCGGCGUCCCUGGGAGUGCAGUACAAGAACGAGGAAGACGACGACGCCGCUCCCUCCAGCAGGCUGCUGCUUAUCGAGGGUACAGAGAUGGAGGCCGAGGAGGACGACGUACUGGUCUACCUCAUGCCUGAAGAAGAGACCGCUCCGGCGGGUACCGGAAACGGCAGCGGCUGCGAGGACGUCAUGCUGCUCCCGAAGCCCGACGAGCACCCACCAACAACGUGCACCAGCAGUAGAACGAACGGCGGCGGCGGCGAGGCAGCCCAGGUCAUGAACAUCGGCGGAAAUGUUCUCUAUCUCGGGCCUCUCGGCAUGGGAGGCUGCGUCGGGGCGGCGACGAGCAGCCGGGGGCUGACUUAGCGUAUACCUUGAUCACCACGAUUCCACGAACAAUAUGAUGUGGAUCAUGGCUUGUUUCUGGCAUAUCUCUGCAGUAUGUAGUAUAGCAGUAGCACUACUUAUUAGGUUUUUUACUGUCCUUAAUAUGGGUACUUGAAGGUACCACUUUUUGUACCUUGGUACUAAAAUUUGGUAUCUUAGGCAUGUAACA